AUAAAGGUCAACAGAUCCAGCUGCUAGGUAGCAUGAUGGUAUAACAUGUGCUCGUUGUGCUCAUGCAGCUCUGAAAGAUGUCGCGAUCUCAGCAAUGUCUUGGCGAUACUGUAAUUUUGCGCAGCCGUCGGCGAACCCUGCCUAAUAAUCUGACCGCUGGACGCCUGAAGCCGGACCCUGUGCACGAUCAACCGGCAUCCGCCCUUCAAAUCAGCACAGAAGGGCUACUGUGACUCCGCGUUCCUGUGCGGCUUGACCGGUUUACAGCGCCCUUGACUUAAUAGCAGCCAAGCGGCCUCAGGCUUGACUCACUUUUGAUCAUACACACUCAUUUUCGGAGAACCCACACGAACCUCCGUCGUGAUUGCUGACCAACCCACCACAACGCCCUUCCCCACACACGAAUACACUCACCCAAUGGAGGGCGCUGACUUCGCUUUUGAUACAGCGGAUAUGGACUUCAAUAAUGUGUUUGCGACGUUGCCGCAGCAGCAGCAGUUCGCGAAGCCUACCGAGGAUAACACCUUUGGCUUCUUUGGUGACGAGGGUAUCGACACGGCCGCAUCAUUCAUCGAUCCGACCAUCUUCUCGACCCCGUCUCAGGAUAUGAGCUUUAUGUCCCAGACUCUUGCCAUGGAUAACACUAUGAGCAACAACCUGUGGAAUAGCCAUCUUACACCGGAAACACUUGCGAUGAACUCCUUCCCAGCAACUCCUACACAAUCACUUGAGAUGUACCAGCCAAGCCUGGGUACUUCGUUGGGCAAGAGGCCGCGUCAACUCGAUGUCGAAGACUUCACCCAGUCUAAGCGACAUGAGUCGACAGGGGACUACACAUUAACUUCCUUCUCAUCAGCUUCACCACAAAUAGACGUAGUCCAGGGUCUCUCGGAUGAGGCUGCCGACGUGUGCACAACAUGGUUCAACAAGUACGCCGUGUUGCCGAGCGACCGUCACAUCGACUCGCUCAGCCAGCUCACAGGAGAGUCUGCAGAUGCCAUCCGGCAAUGGUUUGGGCUAUUGCUGAAACAGGGUAUGGGGGGCCAUGAUUCAGCCUACAAGUCGCAAACCGAUAUGAUGCCAGCUUUGUGCUGGUCUGAUUCAUAUACAACAGAUCUGGUGCCCCAACAGCAGCAAGGGAUAGAGUUCCCUGUAAAUAUUCAAAACGCUCAGCUUACACAGAACACGGCAACACCAGAGAGACGGACAAGCGAUGACACAACAGUGGCCAACCCACCGGCACCAACGCUCCGUGGGAAGAAGAAGCGCUGUUCACCUACUGAGGACCGGGACCUACUAGACAGAGACCCAAACAAGAUCUACCAAUGCACGCGGAAAUGUGGCAAGCGUUACGGCCGCAAGUGUGAUUGGAAGAGAAAUGAGGAAGAGGGAUAUCCAUGCAAGUCGUGGGUGUGCAGCUUGUGCACAAGUGAUGGUGUCGAGAAUGUGCGCCCAUGCUUCCGGAAGUACCAUUUCGUUCAGCAUUUCAGGAACAUCCACCCUGAUGUGAACAGCGAUGAGUACGAGCAGGCUAGUGUUGUGAGCUCUGAGACUGAGUUCCCUCGGAAUUGCGGGUUCUGCAAGCACAAGUUCGACUCGAGGCAGGACCGCAUCGACCACAUAGCAGAACACUUCAAGCAGGGCAAGUGUAUGCUGGACUGGAACGAUGAGAGCAACGACGACGCCGACAACAGCGACAACACCGAUGAUGAUGACGACAAUGACAAGCCCAGCGGCGACGGGUAUGACGGUGCGCCGUCGCAUCCGCCACGGGAAAGCGAUCCUCGUAACCACUUUGGCUCUCACUACUAUGGCGGCGGCGACUACGGAGGCGGCGGCAGCAGCAGCAGCGGUGGCAGUGGAUCUAGUCUACUGCCUGACAGCUUCUUCCAGUUCCAGCUUUCGUCGAAAUCUGAAAACGUCGAUGUCGCGAAGCAACCACAAGGCGAUCAGCAGCGCAUUCGACAACGAUCCUCCUCUACACCAGAGCCUAUCUCAACUGAGUUAUGCUCAACUGGAGCAAAGCACGCUUCGACAGCGCGAAACGACCCAAUCACUUUGGCCGGAGAUGCUAUCUCCGGCCGGUUAGUUGGGGGGGCCAAGGUCCCAUCGCAACCUCUCGUGGCUCGCGGAGUUUGUGUAAGCACGGAUGGUGUCGGCCUCAUACCAGACGCUGUGAAUCGACAACUAGCAGUGCUAGAAACACAGACUGAUCCGGCGGGUCGGAACACCAAGAUCAGUCCACUCGAGUCAUCAGUACAGAGCCGCACAGAGGAGCUACGCGUCCCAGUGUCAGCUGUACUAGAUAAUCGCACAGACCUGUCAAGCUCUGCCGUCGUCGUGGUACCGACCAUGCACACCAAAACAACGUCAUCGACUGUACUUGACGCGUUACAGCACUUUACUCCGCAGUCAUUCCUGAGUGUCAGACUCCUUGGUGCUGGUGGAUUUAGUACUGUCGACGAGGUAGUACAUCGAGCGACGAACUUACGAAUGGGUCGUAAGACACUCAAGAAUCGCAACCCCACCGCUAUUGAGGAACUCAAGAAGGAAGUAAGCGUUCUCCAGAAGCUACGCCACCCUCACGUUAUCCGCCUGCUCGGUGCAUACUCCAAGGGCGACAAGAUGUCGAUCCUAGUAUCUCCCGUUGCAGAGACAACACUCGCGCUCUGGCUUGAGCAAGUUACGCUACAACCAGCCAACCUCGUCAAUGUCGUCAGCAAGAUGUUUGGUUGUCUUGUGUCAUCUGUUCGCUAUCUCCACGAACAGCGACCAGUUGUCAAGCAUAUGGACAUCAAGCCGCAGAACAUCCUUGUUCUCCAAGGCGACCAAGAGUUCCCACGCGUAGUACUCUGCGAUUUCGGCAUCAGCUCUUCAGACGACCUGAAUGAUGGCCAGCACAAGCCACUGACGCGUCGUUAUGUCGCACCUGAGGUUUUCAACGGAUUCGCACGCGAGCAAGCUGCUGAUGUCUGGUCUCUUGGAUGCGUCUUUGCAGAAAUGGCAUCAGCGCCGUUCAGCCCGUCGAACUCAGACUGGCUAGACUUCCGCCGCGAGUACAGCGGUCGUACAGGCAAGCACUACUGGCAAGACGUUCCGAGCCUGCAAGACCGGCUUUCACGCUUCCUGAAGGAAGCCGCGACUCCCACCGAAGUAGAGGUGGUUGGUACGCUCAAGGAAAUGCUAAACGCAGAUCCCACCGAGCGACCGAGCGCGGCACUUCUCUCCUUGAAGUUCACCCCAGCGCCUUGUUGUCUUGAGUGGCCGAACGACCAAGCUGUCUUCCCUGCACCGGAUCAAGAGCUUGAAGCGGUAGAGACACUUGUUCGUAAGAACGGCGUCGACUGCUGUGAUCACCUUGAAGCUGCCAGCAUAACUGUCAAUCACAGUCAGGACAUUUUCAAGAAUGCGAAGUCCUGGAUUGAAGAGUGCUAUCACACGCACGACGUAUGUCGCACCGUUGCAACGACCGACAAGGUUCUACCGACGCGCUUAGUCGAUACCCAGCCUGAGGGCAUCGACGAUAGUAGUGUUCGCAUCGUUGACAGCGCUUCGCUCGUGCAAGGCAUUGAAACCUUGAGAUAUGUCACGCUCAGCCAUAUAUGGACUUGUAGUAGUCCCACGCUGACAACCGACCGACUCAAGAACGCGCAGCUAGGUCUUCAGCGACAGGCACUGCCAAAGGCACUCGAGUCUGGCAUCCAGGCUGUACAGAAGCUUGGCUUCCGGUACAUCUGGGUCGACUCGCUCUGUAUCGUCCAGGAUUCUGAAGCCGACAAGUACGCCGAGUGUGCGAAGAUGGCAUCCGUAUACCGCAAUGCUGCCCUGACAAUCGUACUCGAUCAGAUCGAUGAGGGCGAUCCUGCGAUCACCAAGAUGGCAUCUGGCCUAGUCCCGCCAAACGCAAAUGCGAAUGCACUGGCCAUGAAUGCGAAUGCACAGGACAACAAGGUAAACGUACUGUCCAAGAAUGCGAAUGCGAAUGCACGACUGUCAGCUUCAUCAUCGCUGCCAGUCAGCGACUUUACCACGCCCGGCUUCGGCUGGGACACACGCGCCUGGGCACUCCAAGAGCGCCUACUCAGCAGCCGCCUCCUGCAUCUUUGCGAGAAGCAAUUGUACUGGGAGUGUGCAUCACUGAAAGCGUCUGACACCUUCCCGCGAGGGUUGUCGUCUCUCUUGUGGGAGAAGACGCACAGCAAGGCGCGCCACGAUAGCCCUCAGCGCGGCAAGUCCGGCUCGCAGUCGAUCACCGUCAAGAACACGUUCGACACGCCGGUACCCCUCGAGGCUACCCGUCUUCGCAACUGCCAGUGGAUCCACAAAGAAGGCACCGUCAACGGCGACAGCUUGGAUGUCGCGCACACGACGCAGCGAGGGGCUCCUCUGAGCUCCGACCGCGUCUCCGCACUCAAGCACCGCAAGACCUCCAGCAACGUUGUCGCUCCUAGUACUAAGAGCGCGAUUGACGCUGCGUGUACCACGAACGACCAGAUCGGCUCCUUCAACGCAUCGGGCCCCUGGACCGGCACACCCGCCCCUGCGAGCACUCGCACCGCGCUCGCCCGCGCGCCCAGCCCCUACAUGAAGCACGUCUUCGCCCUCACCUCGCUGUCCGACAACGCUCGGCCGCACUUCAGCGGCGCAUUCAAGAAACCCGCCGACACACGGUCCGCGCCCAACGCCGCACGCCUCAGCCCACAAGCCCCCUCGCACACGCCAACCACGUCUUCGGCUUCAAAGAACGAGAAGACUGCGAUGCUGCGUGCCAGUAGACCCGGUGUGAGCAACCCGCCGUUCUAUGACUCGGAUAACCGCCUCGUUGCACCUGCGACGGCGGCGGCGGCGGCGGCGGCGACGACGAAGAAUCCGCUGUGUGAUGCGCUCGCGCAUACGCUGGCGCAUCAGCUGGAGUCGGGGGUCCGAUCGCAUCCUUGUGCGCGUGCUACUGCUACUGCGGAGGACGAUGAAAGGGCACAGGAAGAUGGGACGAAGGUUUAGGCUAGCUUCUGUUACGAGACAGGGUUUCACUUUCUUUUCUUUUGCUUUACGGUUUCGAUAGGUUGGUUCGAGUGCAAUGCAGGUUAGUGUAGAGACACAACGAAAUCAUUGCUUAUUGUUA